GUUUUUCAUAUUGGACGUAUGAAGUGUAACCUCGAUUGUCAUAGCAGUAUCCGAGUACUAAUUUAAAUAGUGAUGGUUAGUGUGCUAAAUUAUCCCAUAAGUCAACUGGUCAUUGGAGAGGAAUCGCUUGCAAAAAUUGUUAACUAUCUGGAAAAUAAAGCUCUCAGCGGCAGUAUAAAAAAUACAGACACAAUCUGCACAAUAUUUUUGCAAAAACUUAAAAAUGUGAUUGACAUAUUUGAAGAAGUGGAAUUGGACUUGGUCCAUACAGAGAAUAAAAUAGAUGAAAUUCGUAGAACUGUGUAUAUGCUUGGAAAUCAGUUUGACAGAAUAGGUCGAUUCUGCAUGAACGAAAUUCCAUUUGUAGUACAGAAAGAACAUGAUCAGGCUUCUAAUAAUCUAACUGCUUUAAAAUGGAAUAUCAAAAAAACUCAAGAAGAAUACAAUAAAGUAUUUAAUAGACUGAAAUCGCUAACCGCAUCAAAAAAGUAUAUUGAAAGUGAGAUUUCACAACUGACUGGAUGCACAAAUCUGGUGAAUGAAAAAUCUUUAAUUACAGAGGCAGAACUUAAGGGAAUUAUCGAUCGAACAACUAAAGCAUUAGAAACACUCGCAAAAGCGAAUGCUAAGCUAAACGAAACACAAAUACAUUAUAAUGCUGUGAAACAAAAAUCUGAAGAGAUUCGAGGGAAUUUAGCUAACGAUGUUCGCAAAGCUGAACAAAAUUUAACUGAUGCUCAAACUAAAUUAAAAGAAGCUAUAGAUAUUGAACCGAUACUUAUACAAGAAACAAUAAAUCUGAAAAAUAAAAUUGAAUCAUUAAAAUUACAAAUUCAAACAUUAACUGAAACAUUAAAACAACAUCAACAAAUUAUGAAUGAAUUAAAACAACAAUUAAUUGAAUUAGAUAAAAAUUCUAUAAAUAAACAAUAUAUAUUAGAUAAUUUAUUAUUAUGGAUUAAAAAAAAUGAAGAAAAUUUAAUUAGUCAAUUUAAUGGUAAAUUAAAUAAUGAUUAUAAUAUAUUAAAUCAAUUAUUCAAUGAAAAAUCAGAACAGUUUUAUAAAAUUAAAAUGAAUGAAACACAAUUAAAAGUUGAUAAUGAUCAUUAUGAAAAACGUAUUAUAGAUUAGUAAGUAUUAUUAUUAUGAUUAUGAUUAUCAAGAUUUGAUUUGAACAUUUAAACAUUAAAAUUAAAACACGAAGUUCAGAGAAGGGAUCUCUUUUCAACGAAUUUAUUAUCAAGCUGUACAAUCGUAUAUGUAUGAAAAAUUUAUUUUGUUUUUUGUAAAAGUACUAAUUCUAUACUUGAACACCUAAUCGACUGUAAUCAUUCUACGGAUCCACAGUUUGAUUUUAAGGUUGUUUAUAUGAUUCGUUCAAAUCUACCCAGAUUUAUUCGUAUCCAACUCUUAAAAAUAGCCGAACCUCUUACCAUCCGGGAGGUUAAACCAGAACUAUGUGCACAAAAGAAUCAAAAUGAAAUAGGUAAAUUAAGAAAAUCUAUUGAAUUACUUGAAUCACGUUUACUUACUGCACAAGAUUUAUUACAAGUUUCAAAUACUGAUUAUAAUCGUAUACAAUUAAAACAUUCAUCAGUUAAAGAUGAUUUAGAAUUAACUAAAUCUCGAACAAGAACAGAACAAGAUGAGAAACAAAAUAUGUUAAAAUAUUUACAACACAAAAUAAAAGAGGAAUGUGAAAUUAAAUCUAAACUGAUGAUAGAUUUAGAAAAUAAUCUUACAGAAUUCGAGAGAAUUAAACAAGAUGGUUAUCAAAAACGUUUAGAAUUAGAAGCAACAGCUAAGCAAUUAGAAAAUAACUAUGAAAAUGUUAAAUCAGAAUUAGAAGCUAUUCAAUUGAAUCAUAAUUAUUAUUCAGAACAAUUGGAUAUUAUACAAAACGAAUAUAAACAAUUUGAAAAUGAAUGGAAUCAAGAAUAUUCUACAAUGUGUAAUAAAGUUCAAACACUAGAUGAUUCUCUACUGAAAUCUAAAACACAAUUCAGUGAAUUAAAAACAAGAUUAGAAGGAAUGACAAAUGAGAAGAAUUUUCUACAGGAGAAACAAAAUAAACUUAGACUAUCAUUAUUAGCAUUAAUGAAAGUGAAACUACGAGGAACUACAAAAUUAAGUCAGUUGAGAUGUACGAUUGCUGAUCUUACUAAAACAAACAAAACAUUGGUCUCAGAAAUAAACAUUUUGAAAAGGCAAACUGAAGAAAUGAAUCAACUUCAAACUAAACGUGAAUUACAACUGUCUAACUUAAUGAAAACUCGUGAUUCAGUAUUGAAAAAACUAAAGGAGGAUUUAAGUGAGAAACUCUCUCUUAAUAUAAAAUUAUCUGAUCAAUAUAUUAAAAUGCAAGAAGAACAAAGCAAAUUGUUAUCAUUAUUUUACUUAGCUGUAACAAAUUCCGUAUUAGAUCAAAAUCAAUUAUUCAAUGCAGAACAACUUUUAGCAUUGUGGGCAAGAAUUUUACGUCAACGUAAUUAUUGGGAAUUGAAACAGAAAGCAAAACAAGAAAUAGAAGUGAAUGAAUUAUUAAAUCAAAAUGAUCAAAUUAAUCAACAAAUUAAUAAAAUUAAUGAAAUCAAUAUGAAUAUGAAACCAAUACUCUCUAUAGAGUAUAAAACAUGAACUUUUUAUUAUGUUUAUUUAGUCUAAAACAAUCAGAGAAAUUAUCAUGUCAAUUAGACAUAAAUAAGAUGAAUCAAUUAAAACUGUAUAUUAUGAAG